CACGAUUAAAUAACUGACCAUAACUGCGCUAGAGUGUUGCAAUAUACUCGCCGAAAUACACAGUAAUCAAAUAAAUUUAUAAAUACUAUUCUCAAAAUAAAUUUGUUGGUAAAAAAGAAAGUCACAAGCAGGACGAAGAUAUGCAAGACAGAAGUGCCGAUCCCUCCAGACAAAUGGAUUCCGAUCCAACUGGACAGCCGGAAACGUAUGAAUGCCAUCUCUGUGGAAAGACAUUCACUUCUGAGAUCUACUAUUCCGAUCAUUUAAAGUUACACGACACCGGAUAUAAUUAUCCUUGCUGCCAUUGCAACUUAAAAUUCAUUUCUGUGUCGGAUAAGCAUCAACAUGUAGAAAAGUAUCACAAGAAUGUUUGUUUCAAGUGUAAUAAAUGCGACAAAGUUUUUGUAGAUUCAAACUUUUUUGAAAACCACAAAAAAAUAUGUCAUUAUGAUGACAAGAAAGCUUCUAAACCGAAACACGAUUGCGGGUCGGAGGGUAAGAGAAAGAGGCACGAAUGGGACAACUCUGACGCGGACUCGGAAGAUGAUAAGCAAGAGGAACGUCCCGGUUCUUCCAGACAAAUGGCUUCCGGUUCAACUGGAGAUAAUAUCUUUAUUAGCACACCACAUCCGAAAAACAUUCAGAGAUUAUCCAGAGAAUAUCCAGAAAACAUUCAAUCAUCCUCAGCAUCUUCUCUGAGCGUCUUCGGGAUACGUGCACUGUUACGGACGCCAGACGAAAAUGUCGGUCCCUCCAGACAAAUGGCUUCCGGUUCAACUGGAGAUAAUAUGCAAAGCGAAAGUGUCGGUUCUUCCAGACAAAGGGAUUCCAAUCCAACUGGACAGCCGGAAACGUAUAAAUGCAAUCUCUGUGCACAGACAUUCGAUUCUUUGAACAUCUUUCGCAAUCAUUUAUAUUACCACAGCUUAGAGAAUCAUCCUUGCUACGUUUGCAAAUUAAAAUUUAUUUCUUACUCAGAAUUGCGUAAACAUUUUAUUUUUGUACACUCGGAUGUUUCUAUAAAGUGUGAUAAAUGCGGAAAAUUUUUCGCGCAUUUUGAUUACUUUGUACAGCACAAAAAAAGAUGUCAUAAUAAUGGCAAGAAAGAUUCUAAAACGAAACAGAAAAGUAAAGAAAAGAAAUGCGACAAUUCUGACGCGGAUUCAAAAGAUAAUGAGCAAGAGGAACGUCCCGGUCCCUCCAGACAAAUGGCUUCCGGUUCAAUUGGAGAUAAUAUGCAAGGCGAAGGUGUCGGUUCUUCUAGACAAAAGGAUUCCGAUCCAACUGGACAGCCGGAAACGUAUAAAUGCAAUCUCUGUGCACAGACAUUCGAUUCUUUGAACAUCUUUCGCAAUCAUUUAUAUUACCACAGCUUAGAGAAUCAUCCUUGCUACGUUUGCAAAUUAAAAUUUAUUUCUUACUCAGAAUUGCGUAAACAUUGUAUUCGGGUACAUUCGGACGGUUCUUUAAAGUGUGAUAAAUGCGGAAAAUUUUUCGCGCAUUUUGAUUACUUUGUACAGCACAAAAAAAGAUGUCAUAAUAAUGGCAAGAAAGAUACUAAAACGAAACAGAAAAGUAAAGAGAAGAAAUGCGACAAUUCUGACGCGGAUUCAAAAGAUGAUAAGCAAGAGGAACGUCCUGGUCCCUCCAGACAAAUGGCUUCCGGUUCAACUGGAGAUAAUAUUUUUAUUAGCGCACCACAUCCGAAAAACAUUCAGAGAUUAUCUAGAGAAUAUCCAGAAAACAUUCAAUCAUCCUCAGCAUCUUCUCUGAGCGUCUUCGGGAUACGUGCACUGUUACGGACGCCAGACGAAGAUGUCGGUCCCUCUAGACAAAUGGCUUCCAGUUCAACUGGAGAUAAUAUGCAAAGCGAAAGUGUCGGCUCUUCUAGACAAAGGGAUUCCGAUCCAACUGAACAGCCGGACAAUGUAGGCAAAGAAUCCGUAACAACGGAGGAACAGCAGUUGAAACAAAAUAAAAGAAGGCUCGAAUUAGAAUCCUUAAAAAUGAAGGAACAGGAGUUAAAGCGUAAGAAAAAGAAGCUCGGAUCCAAAAUCUCUGACGCGGACUCGAAAGAUGAUAUGCCAGAGGAACGUUCCGACCCCUCCAGGCAAAUGGCUUCCGGUUCAACUGGAGAUAAUAUGCAAGGCGAAGGUGUCGGUUCUUCUAGACAAAGAGAUUCCAAUCCAACUGGACAGCCGGAAACGUAUACAUGCGAUUUCUGUGCACAGACAUUCGAUUCUUCGGAAAUCCUUUGCAAUCAUUUAUAUUACCACAGCUUAGAGAAUCAUCCUUGCUACGCUUGCGAAUUAAAAUUUAUUUCUAAGUCACUUUUGCGUAAACAUUGGAAUUCGGUACAUCCGGAUGUUCCUAUAAAGUGUAAAAAAUGCGGAAAAGUUUUCGCACAUUUUAAAUCCCUUGUAUGGCACGAAAAAAAAUAUCAUAAUAAUAACAAGGAAGAUUCUAAAACAAAACAGAAAAGUAAGAGGAAGAAAUGCGACAAUUCUGACGCGGACUCAAAAGAUAAUGAGCAAGAGGAACGUCCCGGUCCCUCCAGACAAAUGGCUUCCGGUUCAAUUGGAGAUAAUAUGCAAUGCGAAAGUGUCGGUUCUUCCAGACAAAGGGAUUCCGAUCCAACUGAACAGCCGGACAAUGUAAGCAAAGAAUCCGUAACAGUGGAGGAACAGAAGUACGAGUUGAAGCGUAAGCAAAGGGAUCUCGAACGCGUAAGCAAAGGAAUCUCUAUAAAAAAAGAGAGAGAAAAGUACUUGUUGAGUAAUAAAAGGUUCGGAGGCGACAACUUUGACGCGGACUCAAAAGAUAAUAAGCUUUACAAGUGUGAUAAAUGCGGGAAAUUAUUUGCAAAAUUUUACAUCCUUAAAAGGCACAAAAGGACAGUUCAUAAUAAUGGCAAAGAAGCUUCUAAACCGAAACAGGAUUGCGGGUUGGAGCGUAAGAGAAAGAGGCUCGAAUGGGAUCACUCUGAAGCGGACUUAAAAGAUAAUGAGCAAGAGAAAGGUGCCGAUCCCUCCAGACAAAUGGAUUCAGGUUCAACUGGAGAUAAUAUGCAAGCUGAAGGUGUCGAUUCCUCCAGACAAAUGGAUUCCGAUCUAACUGGACAACCAGACAAUGCACAUACGCGUUCGUCGCACACUGUUGGUCGAUGGAAAUGUGAUUUUUGCACGAAAUCUUUUGCGGAUUUACGAUUGCUUUCACAGCACGAAAAGAAAGAGCAUAAGAAAGAAAAGGAAAUGCGAGACGGAGAUGCCGGUCCUUCCAGACAGAAGUAUUCCGGUUCUAAAUGAUAAUUGAAAGAGAAAAGGAACGUAACAAUGUGAUAAUUGAAGAAAAAGAAAAACGUAACAAUGUGAUAAUUAAAAGAGAAAAGGAACGUAACAAUGUGAUAAUUGAAGCAGAAGAGAAACGUAACAAUGUGAUAAUUGAAAAAGAAGAGGAACUCGAUCCUGCCUGGCCGUGACGAAGACUUAUCUCAACAUCUUGAUUUUAUACUGGACUGCACACCAGAUUGAGGAGAACAAAAUUGAAGACGUUGAACCUAUUGAACAAUCCAAGGAUAAUCAGCAGCGCGAUGACAGCUCCAGACAAAAUAUUUAUGUAGCACAACAAGAAGGCGACGAAUCUUUCAAAUCUGUUUCGGGCCUCUUGCAAUACUCCUCUUCAUCCGAUAUAAAUAUGAAGAUCCCGAACUUCUAAUAAAGAAUAUUUAAAGUCUCUAAUCUUAAAAUUGACGCGCAAAAGCCGCAAGCAUUGACAAAUAGAAUCGAGUUGGUCGAAGGCGAAGAAGUUCAACAGCAAAGUAUACAUUGCUAAAGCAUUUUGCACAGCACCAAUAUGACAGGAAAUUGAAAUGUAAAAUUGCGACACGGAUUUCAGUAAGCUCGACCAAUGGUACAGAUACAAAUGUCAAAACGAAGAAAAUAUCGCCAAGAUAAAACCGUUUAAAUUUUGGUGCAACAAAAAUUUCCAACAUGAUAAAAAUUUCGAAAUUUACCUACUCGAUUCUAUCAAAUCCAAGCCAUAUUUAAAUGUAAAAGACCAGUUUGAUUUGAAAUGAAUUCCGAUUAAUUUAAAUCUUCUUCAAUAAGUAAAAAUCAAAAAUUAUUCUUUUACUAAUAAUUUAAUGUAAUCGCAUAAUGCAACUUCAAAAAUA